ACAAAAAGAUAAUGGUUGUAGCCUAAAACAGGAACCGUACCUUCUACUAUAGCUAGACUUCGAUGCAGAAAGAAACAAACCCUUAGACAUCCGCAAUCCAUAAAAACGUGCUUUCCUACUUACGUAUGAGCUAAAUUAGGGAGGGAGGACUCCUGACACCCUCACUAUAUGCCGUGACGAAAUUAGACUUGGCGUUCGCUCAUUAAAUGCAACAGCCUUUUUUUACCUUUUCUUUUGCUUUCUAGAUCGUUUUUAACCUUCUUUCAGCCAUCUACCGCCUCGACUCGACUGGAAGCAACUCCAAAUACCUUCGCUUAUAUCAGAAAACUUAUUGGAGCUCUCCUUAGCUUUGUCUAUAUCUCUAUAUAGCUAUAUAUCUUGGUCGUAUUUGAUCUCAACAACUGGCCAUUUAUAAUGACUACAAUACAUUCGUCAGCGCUGGCUUCCCGUCGUACUAUUCGUUUUGCGCCUAUGCCUGACCCUCGUCGUUCUGUACUGGUCACCGACGAUGGCACUGAGCUCCCUCUAUUGUCCCCAGUCAUCCUGGAUGGUACAAACAUCGACCUUCUUACUUCCAAGCUAGAAAUGCCCUCUGUUAAUGCAUCUGAGCUCGCGAGCAUCCCUGCCGCAAUAUCACUUUCAGCACUCAACUCGCCGGCCCAAACUCCAUCACAGACUCCUCAGACUUGGAAUGUACCUCUGCCAGAGGUUCUUCCUUCGCCUGCUCCCUCAUCGGCACCUUCGCCAGCUCAGUUCAAGAAAUCAUUGUCUUCAGAAUCCGACAGCUCCAAUAGCUCUAAUAAUUCAACUUCUGGCUCGUCCCCACCGACAUCGGAGAUAUCUUCUUCUGCAUCUUCGAUGUAUUCUUUGACACCGACGCAAAGUAUCGAGCCUUACCCAAACUCUACCGGAUCUUCUACUCCCACCCAGUCCGUGCGCAAGUAUAGCUCUUUGAGGAGUAAACUCUCCUCAAAGUACAACAUUUCCACGGAUCAAAUACUCACCCUCGGUACUAUUAAUCUUUUCCGUCGUGGCUCAAAGGGCAAGGACAGAGAACGAGAUUCGGAUAAUGAAUCUAUCCAAAGCUCACAAGGAUGGGGCGACGCUUUGACUCGAUGGACCAGCGCAGGAUCUGGAGGCCCAAGGUCUGGUCGCGAUGGUGUAGGUGUCCCCAUGUACAGGACCCAAAGUACCCAAAGUUAUAAGGGCGAGAACGUCAGGAAUGCUAAACGCUCUUCUUCGCCUGCCUCUUUAAAUUCGCGGACUAAACCGCGUUCAGGCACUGCAUCGUCCAAGCUGAACCCAGCGCAUGAGAAUGGAAUGCUUAGCACCUUGCAUUCAGGCCAGUCCAAAAAAGGAACACGGAUGUUAAAUGGGAGAGUUUAUGGAGCCAAACGAGGAAGCGUUAGCGGAUCACAGUCCAACCCCUUUGCAAAUGCCAAAGAUGAUCCAGACCCCGAGUUCGUUGAGUGGGGCUAUGGUGGGAUGGGCAGUGUCAGAAAUGUCCAAGACGGUGUUGCUGGCACAGUGUGGGGUCGAGUACUCAGUAAUGGGACAAGCGUGAUGGAAUCGGGCUGCCCUGAGAAACAAAACAAUAAUGGAAGAGCCGUGCAACAUGGAUCAAGAGAUGAUGAUGACGACGGAAGUGGUAUGGGCUGGGUACGGAAAAGGAGAGAGGCGAAAGAGCGAGAGGCUAGAGAAAAAGCAGAGAGGGAGGCUAAAGAGCAGGCGGAGAAGGAGAGGCAGGAACGAGAGGCUCAACUAUGGUUACACCCACCGCCGGUGUCGGUACACCUAAGCCUCGUGUUAUCGAGAGUGUAUUGUCCACUCCAAUCAGUCCUGAGCGUAACGUUACGUCUCCCGACCUCCGAGCUGUUUCAAUGUCCCGCCAGACCUCUAACACGCCUACAAUUUCGAACCUGAACGGAACUUCCUCUCCAGGGAAGGAUGAGCAACACCACGUGUUGACCGCAGUCAACGUUCCUGCUCCUCCUCCAAUGAGCAAACACCAUUCAUCUCAUCACAGUCGAGGCAAGUCGUUGCAAGACGCCAUCCCGAAGGUCGAAUCCAAUCCAGGCAAGGUCGAACCUGAAGCCAAUGAGCCUUCUAUCUCCGAAGCAGCCAUAGGGGAAAGACCAGCAGAAGAUAAACCCAACAAUGAUCAACAGGGUGUUGAAGAAGAAGAAAAUAGCAAAA